AUGGGACUGGCUACCGCUCGCAUGCUCGCUUCUCGAGGCGCGAUUCUCUCUCUCGCUGACGCAAACGCCGCGGGCUUGGAAGUGGCGCUCAUAUCGCUCCCCGGCGGCCAGGAAAAGCAUAUGACGACCACUCUCGAUGUUCGCUCUACUUCCGCUGUCAAGUCGUGGAUCGAUGCCACAGUCGAGAGAUUUGGAAUACUUGAUGGAGCAGCAAAUAUCGCCGGCGUACUGGGUGAUGCAGUCCCCAUACGUGAAUCUACCGAGGACCAGUGGGACUUCGUCAUGGGGGUGAACGCCAAGGGUAUAUAUAACUGUCUUCGUGCCCAACUCAACAACAUCAAGGAAGGUGGUAGUAUCGUCAACUUUGCAAGCGUUGCCUCGCUGGUUGCGGUGCAGUCACAGGCCCCGUAUGUGGCGAGCAAACACGCCGUGCUCGGCUUGACAAAGACUGCGGCUCGCGAGGAGGGGUCGAGAGGAGUAAGAAUCAAUUGCGUGGCACCAGGUGCUAUCAAAACACCCAUUAUGAAGGAUAUUGAGGAAGAGGAACUCCACAGAAGGACUGCCAAGUAUCAGUGUUUUGACCGCAUCGCAGAUCCAGAUGAAGUUGCUCAUCUGGUACUAUUUUUGUUGAGUGAUGAAACGAAAUUUAUAACGGCCGCCUGCUAUGAAAUCUCUGGAGGUUGGACUGCUUAA